AUGGAGCACGCUGGCCUCUACCAUGCCUACAUGUGCUCAAAUGCCAGAAUUGCCAGUGUGAAGCACAUCAAUCUGCACAUCUACCAGAGGCUGAAGAAGCCAAAAGUCACGAGGAGCCUUGGGCUCACAAAGGACGGCAUCUGCAAGAUCAGCCUAACAUGCUCAGUGGAGGACAGUGGACACAAUGUGACAUAUGGAUGGGCCCCUCUGCCUAAAGGAGCUGUCAUUUCCCAAAGAGGAGCUCACCUCAGCAUCUCCUGGAUAAGUGGAGAAAAACACCCCAAUUUCACCUGCACUGCCAGCAACCCUGUCAGCAACAGCUCCCGGCAGUUUCUUUCUAGGGACCUCUGUCCAGGACCUGAGAGAAGCACAGAGUUUUGGAUUGGGCUCUCCCUGGUGGUUCUUUUCAUCCUUCUGGGCUUUGGGAUCUCUGGCUGGUGCUUUUGGAAGCAAAAAAGACGAUGUUCAGCCGCAGCUUUCAGUUCCAGUCAAGCUGAGACAUCAGUUGACACACCAGAGCCCACUGCUGGCCGCAUACCAUACUCCAUGCUUUCCCAAGGGUGUGAGGAGCUGGACACUUUCCCUAAGACUGGCAGGCAUGCCUCCGACAGCAGCUCUGACAGCAAUGGAACAACUGAGGAGGAUGAGGAGAGGACAGGGAUGCACCAGCCCAUCAAUGGAAGAGACCAGGUGUGUGACUCGGGCACUCGGGAGGACGCCGGACUUGCCUCGGACUCUGAGGGCCAAGCAGAGUAUGAUCUCGUCACUCCAGAUAACAUGGCACCAGCACUUGUGGUUGAAGGGGAAACGGUGUACACACAAGUGUUCCUUAACUUGCAGGGAAAGACUCCAGUUCCUCAGAAGAAAGAGAAUUCAGCCACAGUCUACUGCUCUAUACAGAAACCUCAGAAGGUUGUGCCACCACCACAACAGAAUGACCUUGAGUCUCCUGAAAUACCUACCUAUGAAAAUGUCCCCUGA